CCUGCCACUCCCACCACCUCCCUCGCGGCUCUACCUGGGGUGUUGGUGGGGAGUGUGGAGGAGGAGCUGUGCCGCCCACAGCCCACGGCAUCGGUGCCCAAGAUGCUGGCGGCCGUCGACCUGCUCUGCCACCUCGCCGCCCCCCUCUGCUCUGCCCGCCAGCAUGCCCUCUCCACGCUACUCUGGCUGCUCGCCGUGCGCUUCCCCACUCUGUGGUUCCACGCGAGCUGCAUCUUCAAAGCCCCGGGACUCAUCACCAAGACAAGCUGCGCGCACACCUGAGUGUGGCAGACAUGCGCGCUAUGCUGGAGGCCAAUCAGCAGGAGCCAGGUGGCAGCGAGGAUGCCCUGAGGGAGCGGUGUGCGGACGGCAUGCUGUUUGGCCCCCUGCCGCCCUGCCAGCUGUGCGCGUCCCCCAUGGAGUACUGGGACGGGCGGUACCGCUGCCGCGGGUUCCUCUCCGCUUGGUCUGCUUGCACCUUCUCCACUCGCGACGUGCAGCGCAAGGAAGCUGCCUGGGUGGUUCCUGAUGAGAUUACCAACCCGUUUGUUGAUGAGUACCGGGCGGAGCAGCAGCGACGGUUCCAGGCAGCCGACAAGAGCAAGGGCAAGGGGCGGGGCAAGGGGAAAGGCAAGGGGAAGGCGGAGGGGAGCGAGGGGGGGGAGGAGGGGGCGAGUGUGUGGCCACAGCGGGUGCUGCCCCCAGAGGAGAAGCGCAGUGAGGUGAAGCAGGCGAGCACGGCAGGGGCGGGGGGGAAGGAAGCGAGCCGGGGGAAGGGCGGUAGAGCAGCGAGGGAGGCGCGGGAGGCAGCGAUACCGGAUGGGGGAGUGGAGCGUGAGAAGCCGCUGGAGGGGGUGCAUGUGGCGCUGCUGGGGCGCCUGUCCCGCACCCAGGCGGCGUGGCGCAAGGAGAUCGAGGAGGGUGGUGGUGCUGUGGUGCCGUUGACGAGCGCGGACGUGGACUGCAUUGUGUCUACUGAGGCAGACGUGGAGAAGAAUGAGGACAAGCUCCUGCCGCCCCUCGUCCUGGGAGCGUCGGUGGUCUCGGAGGACUAUCUGCUCGAAUCGCUCGCGCAGAAGCGCCGCCUGCCCAUGCGCGCGUACCUGCUGCCCCUCUCGCUGCAGCUGGUGCAGGACGUGGACGCCAAUCGCCCUGCCGGGAAGCAGAGCAGGGCUGGGGGGAAGGGCAAGGGCAGGGCGGGCGAGGGGGAGGAGCAGGUGCGGGCGACGGUGCGAGUGAAGGGGCGCGCGGCGGUGCAUGAGGCGUCGGGGCUGGCGGAGAGGGGCCACGUGCUGGAGUGCCAGGGGUGCGUGUGGAGCACCACUCUCUCCCUCGCUGACCUCUCCACCGGCGCCAACAGCUACUACAUCCUGCAGGUGAUAGAGGACGACAAGUCAUCCAGGUGCCACGUGUUCCGCAAGUGGGGGCGUGUGGGCAACGAGGCCAUCGGGGGCAGCAAGCUGGAGCAGGAGAGUCGCGAGCAGGCAAUGGGGUUGUUCAAGCGGCUGUUCAAGGAGAAGACAGGCAACGACUGGGAGGCUUGGCAGAAGAAAGAAGGCUUUGAGAAGCAACCGGGGAAGUUCUACCCUCUUGAGAUUGACUAUGGAGGGGACGAGGAGGAGGAGCAGGGCGGGGCCGUGAUGGGCACAAGGAGCAAGCUGGAUGGCCGGCUGGUGGCGCUGCUCAUGAUGAUCUUCGACCUCAAAUCCAUCAGGGAGGCGAUGGUGGAGUUUGAGAUCAACGUGAGGGAGAUGCCGCUGGGAAAGCUCACCAAGCGCCACAUAGAGCGCGGCUUUCAGGUGCUCACGGACGUGCAGGCCGCCCUGCAGCUGCCGCCCGACAGCACGGGGCGGCGGGAGAGCGCCAUCGUGGACGCGUCGAACCGCUUCUUCACUCUCAUCCCCACCGUCAACCCCACCGCUAUUCGCACACUCGAGGCUCUCACCACCAAGAUCCGCAUGCUGGAGGCGCUGAGGGACAUGGAGGUGACGUCCACGCUGCUGAGUGCGAGCAAGGGGGCGGGCGAGGGCGAGGGGGGGGAGAAGGAGGACCCGGUGGACCGCCACUACCGCCAGCUGCAGUGCGGCCUGUCGCCCCUGGAGCCCAGCGAUGCUGAUUACUCGCUUGUCAAGGACUACCUGCACAAAACACAUGCUCCCACUCACAAGGAGUGGGAGCUGGAGUUGCUGGACGUGUUCCGCGUGGAUCGCAGUGGGGAGAAGAAGGCCUUCCGUGCCGACAUCAAGAACCACAUGCUGCUGUGGCACGGAUCACGAGUGACCAACUAUGUGGGCAUCUUGAGUCAGGGCCUGCGCAUCGCACCACCAGAGGCACCUAUUACCGGCUACAUGUUUGGCAAGGGAGUGUAUUUCGCGGACCUGGUGAGCAAGAGCGCGCAGUACUGCUUCACCAGCCCCGACAGCAACAUCGGCCUGCUGCUGCUCUCCCGUGUGGCGCUUGGUGCUCUCUAUGAGCUCACGUCCGCCGAGUAUGUGGAGAAGCUGCCACGGGGAAAGCACGCAACCAAGGGGCUGGGGAUGAUGAAGCCCAAGGAGGCCGAGUUUGUCAAGUGGGCCUCCGAUGUCGUCGUGCCCUGUGGCAAGCCCGUGCCUUCGGGGGUGAAGAACAGCCACCUGCGCUACAAUGAGUUCAUCGUCUACGAUACAUCACAGCUGGCGGCGGUGCUGCAGCAGCUGCUGCUGCCGGACAACGAGUCGCGCAAGGCGGCGGAGGCGGCGUUCAAGCAGCUCUCUAAGGACCCCGCCGUGCUGCUCGCGCUGCUGCACUUCCUCAAGGCGGGCCCCUCGCCCGACGUGCGCCAGCUCGCCGCCGUGCUCAUGCGCAAGAAGGUCGCGGGGCUGUGGGCGCAGCAACCCGCCGAGGCCAAGGCCAGCAUCAAAUCCGCACUCCUCGAGAGCAUCGCGCUCGAGCCCAGCCCUGUCGUGCGCCGCGCCAGUGCUGACGUGGCGAGCGUGAUUGCGAAGCACAGCGUGCCUAACGGCGAGUGGCCGGAGCUGCUGCCGUUCCUGCUGCAGUGCUCGCAGGGGCAGCAGGAGGACCACCGCGAGCUGGCGUUCAUUCUGUUCGCGGCGCUGGUGGAGACGAUCGGCGACGUGCUGCGACCGCACUUCCCCGCGCUGCACGGCAUCUUCGUCGCGGGCCUGCGCGACCAGGCCAGCGCGCGAGUGCGCGUCGCCGCGCUCAAGGCCGUGGCGGCGUUGGUGGAGUACCUUGACAGCGAGCAGGACGUGACUCUGAUGCGCGAUCUGGUGGCGCCGAUGCUGGACGUGGGGCGGUUCUCGGCGGGGAGCGGCGACGAGGCGACGGUGGUGCGCGUGUGCGAGGUGGUGACGGAGCUGGCGGAGCACCCCGCGCCCGUCAUCGCGCCGUCGCUGCCCGCCGUCAUCCAGUUCGCGCUCGAACUCGCCAGCAACACGCACCUCGAACCCGCCACGCGCUUCCAGGCAGCGCAGGUGGUGGCGUGGUGUGCGGCGUGGAAGGCCAAGUGGUUGGCGAAGCAGAAGCUGGUGCCCGUCAUCCUGGCCGCCAUGGCGCCGCUGCUCGCCGAGCCCUGUGGCGAGACGGACUCGGAGCAGGACGAGGAGUACGACCUCUCGCCCAUGCGCUUUGCCGCCCAGGCCAUAGACGCGGUGGCCAUGGAGGCGCCGCGCAAGCAUGUGUUCCCGCCUGUGCUGGCGUUCGCCCGCGCACACAUCACGGACACCAACCCCCACAUGCGCUACGCCGCUGUCAUGGCCCUGGCUGUCAUCACCGAGGGGUGCUGGGGUGUUGGUGAGUGCAGAGGGGUGCAAAAGGGUGCUGGUGAGUGCAGAGGGGUGCAAAAGGUGCUGGUGAGUGCAGGGGGGCGCUGUGAGGCAGUGCGCGGGCGGCUGGAGUCAGACGUGCUGCCAUUGGUGGUGGCGGGGCUGGGAGACGCGCAUCCCAAGGUGCGGGGGGCGGCGUGCUUCGCGGUGGGGCAGCUGUCGGAGUUUGUGCAGCCCGAGGCGUCGGAGCACUACAAGAUCAUCCUGCCCGCUGUCUUCGCCGCCCUCAAUGACGCCUCGCCCGUUGUCAGGGAGAAGGCGUACUACGCGUUAGCAGCGUUCUGCGAGCACAUGGGGGACGAGAUCCUGGAGUUCCUGGACCCGCUCAUGCGCCAACUCAUGGACGCCCUGCGCUCGCCCGACCGCAACCUGCAGGAGAUGUGCAUCGUGAGUUGGAUGAUGUGCAUCGUGAGUUGGAUGAUGUGCAUCGUGAGUUGGAUGAUGUGCAUCGUGAGUUGGAUGAUGUGCAUCGUGAGUUGGAUGAUGUGCAUCGUGGGUUGGAUGAUGUGCAUCGUGAGUUGGAUGAUGUGCAUCGUGAGUUGGAUGAUGUGCAUCGUGAGUUGGAUGAUGUGCAUCGUGAGUUGGAUGAUGUGCAUCGUGAGUUGGAUGGGAGGAGAUGAGGAGGUGGGGUCCGCCAUAGGAUCAGCGGCAGCAGCAGCAGGUCCCAAGUUCGCGCCAUACAGUGACGCGGUGCUGGCGGCGCUCAUCCCGCUCGUGUCCCUCACAGCGGAGGCGGACGUGGACGUGCGGUCACGCGCGUACGAGCUGGUGGGCAUCAUUGGGAUCGCCGUGGGGCGGCAAGCGGUGGAGCCCGUGCUGCCCGGCUUCAUGGACGCCGCUCUUAAGGGCUUCGCCCUGGACCAGAGUGCGUUGCGGGAGUAUGCGCACUCCUUCAGCGACGUCGCCAACCCACCCAGCCCCCGUGAUUUGCCGCUUGCAUCCGUGCGCCUGCAUGCUCUCCUUUCACCACUGCCCUCUCCAUACAUUUCUCCCAUGCUCGCUGACUUCAAAUCAAUCUCCGUGCCACUAACACUCCACCACCCUGCUCUUCCCCCUCUCCCCCCUCUCUUUCUCUCCCCGCUACCAGUACCUGCAGCACGUGGUACCGCUCGCCUUUUUCUCCUGCCGCCUCGACGAUGGCAUUGUGGUCGGCCCAGCAGCCACCGACUUGGAAUCAAACUUCGUGCCACUAACACUGUAACUCCUUUCCUCCCUCCCCACCCCUGCCAGUACCUGCAACACGUGGUGCCGCUCGCCUUCUCCUCCUGCCGCCUCGACGAUGGCAUCGUGGUCGGCCCGGCCGCCACCGACGACGAUGCCGCCGACGCCGAGGGCGGUGGGCGGCGGCAGCUAGCGGCAGCACUGGCAGCAGGGGAGAUCUCGUCGGAUUCGGAGGAUGAGGACGAGGGGGCGGCUUUGAGGGGGCUGAGGGGCAUCAGUGUGCGCACGGCCGUGCUGGAUGAGAAGGCGGCUGCUGCUCAGGCCAUCGGCGCGUAUGCUCAGUACACCAAGGCUGCUUUCGGCCCGUACGUACAGGAGGCGGUGGGGGUGCUAAAGGACGGGGCGGACUAUGCACAUGAGGACGUGCGCCUGCAGGCCACGCUCUCCCUGCAACACCUGGUCACGGCGGCGCUGCACGCCUUCCCAUCCGCCCCAGGCCAGUUCCCUCCAUUGCUCAAUUGCACUCACCCACGUCCCCCCUCCUGUGCAUGCGCGACCAACCCCUCCCCCCGUGUGCUGCAUGACACCCCGUCGCCAUCACAUUACCGUGCAUGCCGCACACUCCCUGUGCACGCGGCGCUGCUCUGCUGUGCUGUGCUGCCACCACGGCACGGCACCUGCUGGGCGGCAGCAGCCCAUGAGUGCGGAAACGAACCAUACGUGGCGAUGGAGGUGUGGAUGGGGGCGAUGAGGGAUGACGAGGAGCGCGCAGUGGUUGGGCAGGCCUUCAGCGGCGCCACGGAGACCAUCAAGGCGCUGCUGGCUGCUGACUCCGCCAACCAGCCCGCCAUGGCGCCCUGUGACCACCCCCUGCCCCUGAAUCCCCUCGCCUUCUCUCCACCCUCCUCCUUCCACCCGUCGUCCCCUGACCCCUUUGUCUCAACCACCCUUCGUCUCAACACCCCCCUCUCUCCCAACACCCCCCUCUCUCCCAACACCCCCCUCUCUCCCAACACCCCCCUCUCUCCCAACACCCCCCUCUCUCCCAACACCCCCCUCUCUCCCAACACCCCCCUCUCUCCCAACACCCCCCUCUCUCCCAACACCCCCCUCUCUCCCAACACCCCCCUCUCUCCCAACACCCCCCUCUCUCCCAACACCCCCCUCUCUCCCAACACCCCCCUCUCUCCCAACACCCCCCUCUCUCCCAACACCCCCCUCUCUCCCAACACCCCCCUCUCUCCCAACACCCCCCUCUCUCCCAAUCCCCCUGUCAGACUUCGAGCCCCUGACGCGGAGCCUUAUCACCCUGCCGUCUUCCCCCUUUCCCCCACCCCCUGCUGGUCAGACGCGGAGCCUUAUCACCCUGCCGUCUUCCCCCUUUCCCCCACCCCCUGCUGGUCAGACGCGGAGCCUUAUCACCCUGCCGUCUUCCCCCUUUCCCCCACCCCCUGCUGGUCAGACGCGGAGCCUUAUCACCCUGCCGUCUUCCCCCUUUCCCCCACCCCCUGCUGGUCAGACGCGGAGCCUUAUCACCCUGCCGUCUUCCCCCUUUCCCCCACCCCCUGCUGGUCAGACGCGGAGCCUCUGGUGGCGGCGGUGCGAGCGGCGCUGAGGGACGACCUGCCGUGCCAGCGAGCAGCGAGCGACGCCGAGACGGGCGGUGAGGGGGCGGCGGGGCCGACAGAGGCGGCGGAGGAGGAGGAAGAGGAGGAGGAGCACGACGAGGAGCUCAUGGACGCCGCUGUUGACCUGCUGCCCGCUGUGGCGCGUGCCGUGGGCGCCGCUGCCUUCGCCCCUGUCUUCCACUCCCUGCUGCCCGACAUCCUCGCCUUCACGGUGCCCUCCUCUACCUCCCUUGCGCCCUCUCUCCCUCCUUCACUUGCUCUCUUGCAGUUUUUCUCCCUCGUGGGCUCAUGCUCUUGCUCGCUGUGGCACGCAUGGGCCGGCUAUGGUCUGCCUUCGCCCUCCCCUUCGCACUUCCUUCACCCUGCCAUCUUCACACACAUGCUCUGCACUCCCCUGCCUUGCUCUCUCCUUCCGCAUUCCCCCUGUCACCUCUCGCACUCUUCAAAAGCCUCCCGCCCGCCCAACGAUCGCAGCAUGGCGGUGGGGUGCAUUGCUGACGUGGCAGGGGAGCUGGGGGAAGCCAUGGCGCAAUACGUGGAUGUGAGUGCCUGGGGAUGGGGUAUAGAGCUGAGGGGCGGAGACCCCCCCAACCGCCGCAACGCUGCCUUUGCCGUCGGCAAGCUGGCUGAAGUUUCGGGCGCUGCCAUGCACAGGUGGGCGCUGCCAUGCACAGGUGCGCGCUGCCAUGCACAGGUGGGGAGGCACGGAGGGGCGAAACUGUUGCCGCUGCAUGCCUUCUGCUGCUCCCCUUCUUCACCUCACUGCCGUUUCCUCUCACUGCCAUGCCCACUGUCGCCAUGCAUCCUUCCCCUCCCCCUCCCCCCCAAUCCCACAGCACGGCUCCUGGCAGGCACUCCCGUCGACCUGCUGCUGCCACUCACCUCACUGUCAUUCCCCAACCCCCCCAACACCUCCUCCUUCCCCACCCCCAGGCACUACUCUGAUAUCCUGUUGGGAUUGCACCCGCUCUUCUCAGCGGACGAGGAUGACGACGUGAGGGACAACGCUGCCGGCGCUGUUGCCCGCAUGAUCGCUUCUGGUGGCGCUUCCAUGCCUCUCGACCAGGUGCUGCCAGUGCUGGUGGCGGCGCUGCCUCUCAAGUCAGACCUGGAGGAGGCCAAGCCAGUGUACGGCUGCCUCGUGGCUCUCGUUGCCGCCUCACAUCCCCAGAUCUUGCCAGUGGUGCCGCAGCUGGUGCCUGUAUUCGCAGAGGUGGCGGUUAACGGUAAGAUUGCACCGGAAGUGCGUCUCUCCGUGGGCCAAGCCUGCUCGCAUCUCGCGCAGGCAUUUGCAGAUCAAAUGCAGCCGCUCCUGGCGGCGCUUCCUAGUGAUCGCGCCGCUGCUCUUUCCUCAUGCAUGGCUGGCACCUUGCCUCCUGCAUCUGUUUCCGCCCCUCCCGCGGUGCGCCCGUCCGCGGCGGAGUUGGCGCAGACGGUGGUGGAGCUGUCGGCGGAGGGCACGCUCGUCACGCUCGCGCACGGCGGCGCGGGCAGCACGCUCGCGGGCGACGACCAACCACUCCCCGCCACGUGGCCGCUGGCCUGCCACGCGUUCUUCGCGCCCGACCCCGAGGGCCGCCCCAUCGUGCUGCUCGCUGACUCGAGCUGCGCCGCCGCCAACCUCGCUGACGACGCGCAGGCGUGCCUACACGUGCAGAUCGAGCUGCCAGGUCAGCAGAAGCCGCAGGUGUCGCUGCAUGGACGGCUGACCAAGGCACACGACGGCAAGACGCUCGGGAAGCUGGAGGCGGCGUGGAGGCGGCGCUUCCCCGACAGUGAGGAGGAUGCGGGCAGCAGCGACGGCUCUGCGUCCUCUGCUCUCUUCCUGCUGGACGUUGACCGUGUGCUCGUGGCGCCAGACGCCGACCAGGAGGGCGAGUGGAUCUCCCCAGAGGCCUAUCUGAACGCGGACGCCGACCCUCUGCGCGAGGUAGCAGCAGGCAUAGUGGCCGACUUCAACCGAGAGCACUGGCAGGACCUGCGCCGCUUCCCCGCCGCCUUCGCUGCGCUGCCAGACCUGCAGGUGGACGACGCGUCGCUCAUCUGGGUGGACCGCCUUGGCUUUGACCUCCGCGUGCUCGCUCGCCCCGCCAUGCCCGGUGCUGCUGCCGCGGCGGAUUUCCCCGCGCGGGUGAUGGAUGUGCGCGUGGCGUUUGCACGGGAGGUGGGGGAGGAGAGAGAGGCACGGUCUGCGCUGACCAUGAUGGCGCAGGUGGCGUGGGAGAGGGAGAGGAGCUUUGGCAGCCCCGCUGCUCCCGCCGCUGCUGCUGCUGAGGCUGCUUCCUCGUAG